AUGUUCACAAGAAGAAUACUAUCUGGAGCAUCGCGACGAGUACUGCGGUGUUACCACCCACUACGAUACUCGCCUGAGAGGUUUGCUUCGAGCUUCCUUAAUCAAAAGACGCCAUCUCUUGGCCCAGCAUAUGUCCAAUCGAUACCUUCUGCCGAUGAUGAGAUCAUCGUUGCAAUGUCCUCGGGAGUCGACUCAUCAGUUUGUGCUGCACUUUUUGCUUCGGAAUAUAAAAAUGUCAGGGGUAUUUACAUGGCUAAUUGGUCACAAACUAAAGAGUGUGUGGAGCGUGAUUGGAAAGACGUAAAACUGGUGUGCAAGAAGAUUGGGAUUCCUUGUGAACGAGUGAAUUUCGAAAAAGAGUAUUGGAUCGACGUGUUUGAACCGAUGAUCAAUCAAUACCGUCGUGGUCUUACCCCUAACCCCGAUGUUAGUUGCAAUAGAUACAUAAAGUUUGGUAGCAUGAUUGAACAUUUGGCUAAAAGAUUUGGAAGCACCAGCAGACCAUGGUGGUUGGUGACUGGUCAUUACGCAAGAAUCAUGCGUCAUGAACCAACAGGCAAGCAUCAUUUACUACGAGGGUCUUAUGAUCCUAAGGACCAAAGCUAUUAUUUAUCGACAGUCCUGGCCCCGGUUCUUGAAAGGGUAUUGCUUCCUUUGGGCCACAUGACCAAGCCAGAGGUUAGAAGAUUAGCCAAAGAGGUUUAUGAUUUGCCUACCUCUGAGAAGCCUGAUUCUCAAGGACUUUGUUUUGUUUCCCAAAAGGGCAGCUUCCGAGACUUCUUGGGUCAAUAUAUAGAGCCUAACCCAGGGAAUGUGAUCACCCAAGAUGGUCGGGUUUCCGGGAAGCAUGAAGGGCUUUGGCAUGCGACCAUUGGCCAAAGAGCUGGUGUUGAAAUGCCUCAGGGAGAUGAAAAGUAUAAGGGGGUUUGGUUUGUUAGUGAAAAAAGAAUUGAUACCAACGAGUUGGUGAUUGUUAAGGGCAGUACUAAUGAAGAGCUUUACACUGAUACUAUGUCUGUAGAAGAUUGGUAUUGGUUGGAUCCUAGUAUAGAUUGCGACAAUAUCUUCAAGACACACGAGAAAAUCACUGCUCAACAUAGGUCAUUACAAGAUGAAGUUGAAGUGAGCGAGGUUUUGAAGACUAAUAAAGGAAUCAAGGUGAAGUUCAAAACCAAGAGCCGAGCAAUCGCUCCAGGACAAAGCUUGGUUCUUUAUGGAGACCACAAUAGAUUAUUGGGUAGUGGAAUCAUCAUGAAGAGUUGGAGAGAUGAAGGAUUGGAGAAGUGA